AUGUGCAGAUCGAAGUCCGUGUCUAAACCAUUGAGAAUCGCGUCCGCAGAAUCCGGAUAUUUCUCCGUGAAGCACACUUCGGAGGCGGUGAGCACCAAGAUUGCGCCCGGAAUGUCUUACCAAUUGCAGAUUGAUUUCACAGCAGAAGAGUUGCGUGAUUACAGCCACAAAAUCGUUUUCCUCACGGACGGCGAAAGUCUGGAGCUCGAUGUGCUAGCGAUUGGUCCACGUCCCCUUCUAGAUAUACCGGACCGAGUGACUCUUCCUACCGGCGCUGUUAACAUCCAGACUGAGCGAACGUUGCUGGUAAGGAAUCUGGGUUCGAUUCCUGCGACGUACGUUGCUCGCACCUGGUCUCCGUUCUCUUUAAAACCAGAUCGAGGCAUCAUCAAUCCCAACGAACUUUUUCAACUCUCCGUCUAUUUUAAACCGCAGAGGAUCGGAUUGAACAGUCAGACUCUGUUGAUAUCGCUGGAGACCGGAGAGCAGCUGACGGUGGAGCUGGAGGGCGACGGUGAAGAGGUCGACGUCUGUUUGGGCGGUAAUCGCAUAGAGUUUAAGCCCACCUUCCUUGGUCUUACCACGCAAGUGAAUUACGAGGUAAAGAACAGGAGCGGCUUCUGCGUGGAUUUCAAGUGGAAACCGGAAGGCAACGCAGAAAAGGAGCUGAAGCGAGAAAGGCAGCUCAAGGAUAAGUUUGGGGAGAUGGGACUGUACGAGAUAUCACGAGACAACGUUCUUUCUCACAAUCACAUCGCCGACCGCGAAAUGAACAGGGCCAUUUACGAUCGCAUCCUGCAGGACGAGACCGAAGAUCUAGAUAUCGACGAAGAGAUCCUCUUUCACGAUGCGAACAUCAUCAUUGAUCCAUUGGCGGGCGAACUGUGGCCUAGAUCGAAAAUCGUAUUUCCCAUAAUAUUUGCUCCAAAAGCUGUUGGAAGCUACGAGACAAUUACUUAUCUUCAACUGACCGGAAGGAUGCAGAGGAUACCCAUCAAGUUGGUCGGCUGCUGCGUCGGACCAUCCAUCAACAUAAACGUGGAGGACAUUGAUGCCCAGAAUAUCUACGUGCGUGCGGUCCAUAUGUACGAGCUAAUAUUCUCCAAUCAAGGUCCGAUACCUGGGACGGUUCGUUAUAUUCCAACGGAAACGCAAUUCGGUGGAGAGUUUAGCACGACCACAGACAACUUCGAAGUGUUUCCCAAUUCCAAGCUGAACAUGUCUAUCAUUUUUUCAUCGGAGACGCGCGGCAGGUUCAUCGAAGACGUAUGCUUCGAAAUCGUCGAAUCGAAGAAGAUUCUCAAGUUCAAUUUCAGCGGAAACAUCGUCUGCCCGUUGCUCAAUUUCGACGUGCAAGAGAUAGAUCUAGGCGAGAUACCAAUAGGUAUACCGUCAUUUAAUAUGUCCACACCUAUUUGCUGUUUCAUAUUUGCAAUAUUUGGAUUAAGGUUAUCCCAUUACCCUGAGAUACCGGAAGAUGGAAACGAGCCGAGCUACACGUUGGAGGAGUACUCGGAGAUGAGUCCUAAAGAGGAGGUCAAUUCAUCCCCGAGGGAGUUCACUUGUGUACCAAGGAAGGGCUUGGUGGAGGCGUACACGAGGAUACCAGUUGCGCUCACUGUUGUCGCCAACAAAUUGGGUUCGCUAUUUGCAAAUCUCACUCUCACGAUGUGGGGUUCGCCUCAGAACAAUCGUUCCAUCAACCUCAAGUAUCACUCUUGCACUCCGAAGAUCAUCUGCAAUAUACCUAAAAUAGAUCUCAAGAGUAUCUUCAUCACCGAGCCGUAUAUGAAAACGGUUGUCCUACAGAACACAUCCAUUUAUCCGGGCUACCUACAGAUCACCAACGACGGCGACGAGGAUUUAGAGAUCAGCACGGACAUCACCGAAGCGUACGUCGAACCAGAGUCAUUAUUGGAGAUUAACGUGACAGUAAAAACUGAAAUAAUUGGGUAUUUUAAUGGAUUCUUGCGGGUGAAUAUCUUCGGGGCGGAAUCGGCGGAGCAGGUGUGCGAGAUCAACGUGAACAGUAGAGGACCGUGUAUCGAUCUGAAUAUGGAUUCGAUGAACUUGGGUAAAAUUCCCACAUUAACGACCAUCAAACGUGAGAUCCUGGUUACAAAUGAUUCACCCAUUCCCGCCCAUCUAACGUUUCGCGUGAUUGGUGAAUUUUUGACGGUGAAAGAGAACGAUAUGCAUCUGCCGCCUGAAAGCAGCAAGACUAUGUACCUAGAGGUAUUCGGAAACUAUCCUGGUAAAUUCAAGAACAUCCUACGUCUUCAAGUGGAGAAAGGCGAUACGGAUGUGUAUGAAGUGGUUGGUGAGUGCGAAGGUGGAAGCAUUCUCUGCGAUCCGCUACUCGAUCCAGAAUUUGCUAUUGGAACUGUCUUCACCAAGCACAAAUUCUCAAUGACGCUCACGAUGGUCAACAAAGGCAAGCAGAUGCACCAUCUUUGCUGGACCCAAAUUACUAAGCUGCGCAGUUUUAAAUUCGAGGAACCACCAGGUAUCUUUAAAUUCAUACCGCAGCAGUGCGAUCUGAUGCCAGGACAGACGAUCACCAUCAUCAUAGAAGCAAGUUCGGAGAAGCCGCGCGAAGUGGAUGAAGUGUUUCGACUGUUCGCUAAGCUCGAUAGGGACUCUCAGAUCCGCAACAUUCUGACGUCGCGUAUCUCGGCGUUCUUUCAAGACCCGGAAAUCCACUUUUCCAAAAACAUGCUGCUUUUCCGAAUGGAUGUGAGUCAGGAGGAAACGACGGCCGUCCUUGAGGAUGAUCUCACUUUAACCAAUUGCACGGACAUCGAAAUCAUCUUUACCAUCAGCAUCGAAUCGCCCUUCCAGUUGCUGCACGAAGACGAAGUUCUAGAGAAGCUGUCCACGUCACUAUCACCUUCGGGCUCCGUCACCUUUUACGUGUGCUUCGAUCCUCCCCAGAGAGAUCGGAGGUGCUUCACAGAGAACGGACUGAUCACCAUCAUUUACCAGAAUCAUCCGAAAAUAGAUAAAAUCAUGUUGUCAGGUACAGUGAACUAUCCAAACAUCGAGUUCAUGCCUUCAGAAGUGAAUUUUGAGUACGUGCCGAGCGAAUGGCCAAGCUAUAGGAUAAUUUAUAUGAAGAACAAAAGUCCUCUUCCAGUUUUCUACGAAUGGGGUUGGAUUGAGCAAGCAUUUUACGUCGAGGACGUCGAUUUUGUGACGACGCCGAGUAUAUCGAAAGAAGUUUGCGAAACAAAUGAUGAUCACGUGGUGGAGUUGGAUGUUGACGAAGAGGAAGAGAUUGAUGCAAUUGACGAGUUUGCCGUGAAGAACAUACUGUAUCCGUUGCUGGAGAAUUACACUCUGCAGGAGAGUAAGGCCGAUACCGAUCUGUACAGGGCGAUUCAGGAGUAUCAGUGCGUGGACGAGCUGUACGAGAUGCUCGAUAUGAUUCCUUCGAAAGGAAUGCUUGCACCGUACGAAGUUCAAUAUAUUUCCGUACAGAUAAAACCACCUGCACUGACAACCGUGAAUGCUGCUGCAAUGUGCUUCGUCGAAGGAGGAGAAAUCGAGGUGCUGAAGAUCAAAGCAACGGCAAGCGAGAUCAACUACAAAUUGGAUAAUAUGACAGUGGAUUUCGGCAUCAUAGGCAUCAACAAUGUUAGCACGAAGCAAUGUCCGUUGCAUAAUACCGGUUACACGCCUCUACAGUUCAACGUGUGCUACAGGGAGACGUCGAGCGAGUUCAAGCCGAUUCCCAGGUGGAUGCAAGUGGAGCCCUUGCAGGGUACGGUUCCCGCAGGCGAUACCGUCCAUUUCAAAGUGACAUACUUUCCGGGAAUCGUCGGUCUAUUUACCGAAUACAUCGAGCUCGAAAUCGGCUUUCAAGCUGUAGUCAUGCUGACUGUCAAAGGAUGUGCUGUUCAUCCGCAGGUCUACUUCAAUCUUCCGAGGCCGGAAUUUCAAUCUGACUACGUGAAUGAACUCUCAUAUCAAGCAAUUUCGGAGCUGCUGUAUUCUGAACAUUUGAACGUAAAACCGAAACAACAGGAUAGAGUUGAAGGAUUCGAAGGCGAUUGGGAAAUCAUCUAUUAUGAAGCAAAAAUGCCGACGAUGAUUGAUAUCUGCAUGGCCAUUGAGAGGCAACUCUGCAUGGAGCAUCUUCUUUUCAAGCCGAAUCUUAUCCAAGACUAUUACUACAACAAGAACCCCACUAUUCCCGGGCUGCUGCUUCCCUCCUACACCGUUGAUUUUGGAUACGUCGUCGUCGAUUCCGCAGUCGACAUCCAUUUGGAUCCGAUCAAGUACAAUCCCUUCUAUUCGCGUGUCAUCUGGCACAAAGGCUUCUCGGUAAACGGAAACAAAGAUGUUGGUCUGAGUUUGGUCUUCGAGCGGAACAAAGUCGGUCCAUUCUUGGUGUUCAAACCCAACAAGAAGAUAUUCGUGACCCUGGAUCACACGGUCGAAGCCAUACUAACAGCUUCCAUUAUCGAUGGACCGAAACUCGAGUUCAAGAUCAAAGCAAUUGUCACGCUGCCUAAAAUCACCUUUCUGAAUAGUUUCAUCGAUUUUGGAAAAGUAAGAUGCGGGAAUUGUCUGAAGAAAUCGGUGAUCGUCACCAAUAGUGGUAACGUUUCAUGCAAAUGGACGGUGAGUAUCUUUUGCCCGCAAAAAAAGGAUAUGCGUUUGUUCUUCACGUACAAUACUGAAGGUAAUUUGGAGGUAGGAAAGUCGCAGCUGUUGGAGCUGUACUUCCAACCCAAGUUUCAUGGCAAGGUCGAAUGGAAGCUGGUGAUUAACAUCGAAGAAAACCCGGACGUCGUGACGAUUCCAUUGAAAGGUUACGGUCUGCAAACGGAGCUGGUUAUAAUUGAAGAUCAUCUCGUUUAUGAGCCCUCGUUGCCAUAUUGUCCCGAUAAUAUCAAGUCUUUCACAAUCACCAACAACUCUGCCUUCCCAGUCGAAUUCUUCUUCUCUGAUUUCGAUGAUUUGGUGGACUUUGAGGACGACGUCAUCUACACAUUGUUGCUUUUCUACGGUGUGAGCAGGUUGUACGUUCAGCCCCGUAGCGUUGGAGACAGCCUUCCUGAAUCGAUGAUCAAGACCUACUACGAGGUCAUGGGCUCGCUCAGAAACUUUCUCAAACUGCAGAUCAAGGAAGAGAUUAUGCGAGAACAAGCCAUACAACUAUCAGAGUCUAGGGAGGGCGAAUUUGAAGGAAGUCUGUACAGCGUAGACAUGGAUGAUAUUAUGGAUCCGUUAGAAGGCAAAAGCCGCGACGAUAUCCGAUGUCUUCUGAAGGAGAAUAUCGCAAAUCUGCAUAAUACGAAGUCGACUAUUACUGCUACGGUGACUAAGUCGAUCUACGAGAUCGAGGAUAACUCGAACGUCGAAAACAUAGAUCCGGCCUACUUCCGCGAGGGAAUUCUGCUUAUUUUCCACGGAGCCCCUCAAACUGGUUUCAACUCUUUUCCUUCUUCACCAAAAGUUCCAAAAACUUAAUCAAUUCCAUUCCAUAUUUUUACCAAAAGAUUACCUGGUGGCGGCGAAUCGGGCCGGCAGGAAAUUGGAUAUACCCGUCUACAGCGCAGAUCAGCUAAUAUAUGAAGCACUUGCCAUCAAUCUCAC